AUGUCAGAGUCCGUGUUUGUUGGCCUAAAUUAUAAAUUUGGGACAUCAGAACAGUUAGCCAUGAGACGAGAUGUAGUGGACAUCACCGAGACAUUGAUGAAUCGAGCAAGAACUCGUCACGAUCACAGUAUCUGGAUGAGUGGAAGCCAGCGGGAAGGAAUACGAAAAAUGAACUCCGAUAUAGAUGUUAUGUACUGGCAGAAUAACUAUCGAGUAAUCUGGGACUCAUCUCAGUGCCGGAAUUACAAGUAUUAUGGACAGACACUGAUUCUCUCCGACUGCUCAGAUAGUCUGCCUGGACACACCUUACUCCAGUUACUGACCCUGCCUUUAAUAAACACUGAGGUCAUGUCUGCCCGGAUCAAAUUAUAUGGUAGACAUUAUAUAUCUAGUUCUAAAUACAGACAGAUCAUGUGUUCAACAAUAAUACCUAAUUCAAUUAUACAUGGGCCAUGUAGCAGUGGUUUUUUCGCAGAGGAAGGGGGAGAAUAUGAUAUUGCACACUCUUUAACCUCAGACUUUUGGCCUCCAUCUGCUUAUCAAUGGAUUACGAGAUGCCACUCUCUGUCAUGGCCCCCAGCUCCUGUUGUUGAUGAUAUAGUCAAAAGUGGAUGUCACUUUGUACCAAUAGGACCCAAACUAGGAUAUCAUGAAGAUCAUGAAUGGAGAAUUUCUUUUUCUGUUGCCGAAUAUAAGCUACUGUGCUCAAUGAACCACUGCCAAUUCUUAACAUAUGGUUUACUUAAACUAUUCCUAAAACAUGUCAUUAACAAAGGAUUGAAUGAAGAAGAUAAAUUACUCUCAUCUUAUAACAUGAAGACAGCAGUUUUCUGGGUGGUACAACAGAACACAAUACCUCAGUGGUGUCCACAAAAUCUCCUGGAAUGUUUCUGGGUCUGUUUCAAACUCAUCCUAAAAUGGGUGUAUGAGGGAGACUGUCCUAACUUUUUCAUUCCCCAAAAUAACAUGUUUCGAGCUAAAAUUUAUGGUGAAGCACAAAAGACCUUGUUUUUUAGACUCGAAAGUUUGUAUAAGAAAGGAAUAGGAUCUCUGCUUCUUUGUCCCUCUGUCCAGUAUAUUUUGGAUAUCUAUUAUGAUCCCAGACAUCCCGUUUGUACAGAUGAACACAGUAUGUGUGCUGAGACAAGGUUUGAUUUAGACCUAUUGAAUGAGAUACAGAGGAUUGAUUCACCGGGAAUACCUGACCUUAAGUUCUGUGUGAGGUACCUACUCACAGCAGAACAGCUGAUAAGUUUACCCCUGACCAAGUAUCAUACGGUAACAUUACAGAGACUUCUAGUUGUUAUACUUCAGAAAACAGCUUUUAUGUUACAUAUGAACACUAAUACAGGCAAAAACAAAACAAUGUAUAAAGCAGAUAAAAUCUCUUGUCACAUGCUGAAAUUAGCAGCCAAGUUUGGUUACAUUUCUGACAUGUCAUUCAUAGCCCUGUAUUAUUACAAGACACUUAGAUACAUGGAAGCUUUAUCUAUUAUAGAGAUGAUCAAGGUCAAGUUAGCACAGCCAUAUGUGAUGUAUAUGUUUAAUGUAGAGGCAGAGAUGUACCUUGAGGCUGUAGGGGGACAGUCCUGGUCUACAAAGAUAAGACAGGCCAUAGCACGAAAUAUCAGACUUUACACUGAUGUCCAGUACAUCAGUGAACUGAUUCCAGAACAACAGGUCAAAGAGCUCCACCAGAGACCAGACUUAAUACUACCCCUCUACCCACUGUUACAUAUGCUGGAGUUCCUAAGCUACAGACAUUCUAAUGUAACAAGGGCACACACAUCUCUACAGGAACUAGAACUCCUACUUCACAAUGAUGAGGGGGAGUUGGUGGGUCUGAACCUUAGGGGUACAGCAUGGCAGAUCCUUGCGAUUUGUCAGCAGGUCACAGGGAAUCUUUAUGCUGCUCUAAAGUCGUACCAACAAGCACUGUCAGAAAUUCCAUUCAAUGAAAUACGAAAUAUUACUAUGAUAAGAAUUAUGAUAGUGAUAUACAAACUCAUGAAAGAAUUUUAA